GGGUCUUCCUGAUCCCCUACACCCUCAUGCUGGUCUUCACGGGCCUUCCCCUCUUCCUGAUGGAGCUCAGCCUGGGCCAAUACGGGGCCACGGGGCCCGUCAGCGUCUGGAAGUGCUGCCCCCUCUUGAAAGGGAUCGGAGUCGGGAUGUUGGUGGUCUCCUCCCUGGUCUCCCUCUACUACAACGUCAUCAUUGCCUGGACCUUCUAUUACCUGAGCAUGUCCUUCCAGAGCCCCCUGCCCUGGUCCUGCGACGCCCCACCCAACCGGCCCCUCUGCCAGGCGCAGAACGGGACUUUGGAGAGGAACCGCCCGGCCAGUGCCAGCGAGGUCUUCUGGAACCAGCGGGUGCUGGGGGUGGUGCACAGCUCCGGCCUGGGCGACCCCGGCCCCGUGAGGGAGCCCCUGGCGCUGUGCCUGCUGCUGGCCUGGGCCGUCAUCUUCCUCUGCACCCUGCAGGGCAUCCGGAGCUCGGGCAAGAUUGUGUACUUCACGGCCACCUUCCCCUACGUGGUCAUCGUGGUGCUGGUCAUCCGGGGAGCCACGCUGGAGGGCUCCCUCGAGGGCAUCCGCUUCUACCUCUCUGCAGACUGGAGCCGGCUGAAGAGCGCCCAGGUCUGGAACGACGCGGCCUCACAGAUCUUCUACUCGCUGGGCAUCGGCUUUGGGGGGCUGCUCUCCAUGGCUUCCUACAACAGGUUUGACAACAAUGUGAUCAGGGACACGCUGGUGAUUGGCAUUGGGAAUUGCUGCACCAGCUUCUUUGCGGGCUUCGCCAUCUUCUCCGUCCUGGGGCACAUGGCCUGGCAGAAGAAGGUCUCGGUCGGAAGGGUGGCAGACUCAG